UGCUGCGAGGCCGAUGGUGCCAUGGGGGAUUUUAUGUGCCCUAAUGGCGGAUUCUUCACUUUCCCAUCCUUAGAGAAGGUCUGGUGGAAGGUGUUCCUGCCCAUGGCAGUGUGGUCGGAACUAAAUGGCCUCUGAGGUCCUUUCCAAUCCAAAUCAUUCUAGGAUUCUAUGAUCAUGCUUUGGCAAAGGCUACGGGAAGAGUUCUGAAUUUUCAACUGCUUUUUGAGUGUUUUCCUGCAGCCCAGAAUGAGCCCAGGGGAUGGGGUGAUGCUGCUGGCUGUCCUGGUGGGCUGCCCCAGGGCCAGCUCCUGGACAUCUCUAGCAGCAAAAGCCCACAGCCACAUUCCCAGUGCCACAGCUGCUGUCCUGCAUGGACACCCAUCAGCCAGGUGAAUCAGAUCCAGCAAGAAGAGGGAUAUGGAAUCAGCCAGGGUGGAAGAGAGCUGGGAGGACCAUCCCUCUCCAGCCUGGUGUGGAUUUUCCUUUCCAGGGGCAGCCAUGGGCAAGCACAGCAGCAAGCUGGCCCCAGAGAUGCUGGAUGACCUGGUGAGGAGCACGGAGUUCAGCGAGCAGGAGCUGAAGCAGUGGUACAAGGGCUUCCUCAAGGACUGCCCCACCGGCAUCCUCAACCUGGAGGAGUUCCAGCAGCUCUACAUCAAGUUUUUCCCCUACGGAGACGCCUCCAAGUUUGCCCAGCACGCUUUCCGCACCUUUGACAAGAACGGGGAUGGCACCAUCGACUUCAGGGAGUUCAUCUGUGCCCUGUCUGUCACCUCCAGGGGCACCUUUGAGCAGAAACUCAACUGGGCCUUCGAGAUGUACGACUUGGACGGGGAUGGGAAGAUCACACGCCUGGAGAUGCUGGAGAUCAUUGAGGCCAUUUACAAGAUGGUGGGGACUGUGAUCAUGAUGAGGAUGAACCAAGAUGGGCUCACGCCCCAGCAGCGAGUGGACAAGAUCUUCACAAAGAUGGACAAGGACAAGGAUGACCAGAUCUCCCUGGAGGAGUUCAAGGAGGCCGCCAAGAGCGACCCCUCCAUCGUCCUGCUCCUGCAGUGUGACAUGCAAAAAUAGAGUCCCGGGGCUCAGGGCUGGACUGGCUGCAGCCAAACUCUGCCCCUUGUGAUGGUUUCAAUCCCCAUUUUCCCCCCAUUUGAGCCCAGGCAUGAGCCACAUUCCAUCCCUCCCGCUGUCCCUGCAUCCUGGGCAGCCGAUGUUCCACACCCUCCCAGGGCAGAGCCUGCUCUGAGUGUUGUCAGCCCUCUCCCACCCUGGAGCUGGGUGUCCUGCAGCCACUGGUGUGUCCUGGCUGACCAGGGACAACUGUUCCCACUUCCCUGUGCCUUUCUCCCUGCUUUCCCCUACUGCUCCACCUGGCGCAUUCCCUGAUCCUGAGACCAACUCUAUCCCCCUUCCUGCUGGUUUCCCCCCCUCACUUCAUGGCUUGUGAUGUCUCCAGGGAGGCUGAGAAGUCCCAAGUCCUGCUCCUGAUCCCUCCUUCACUGGCAGCUCCCUGGAAGGCUGCCUGGAGAGACCAAGGCAGGGUCUUGCAUGAGCUUUAGCUCUUCCACCUCUUUUUCCUUCUGGGAAGAACCAGAGUUGGUCAGGACACUCGAGAGGAGAACAGAAUUGUCCAAAGCCAGCCCUGGAUGUGGUCCCAUCCCAGAAGCCACCUUCCAUCCCAUCAGGUGGGUGAUGUCCACAGCUGCCCUGGGUGCUCUGUGGCAUUUCUGACCUUCCUGAAUAUUGAGGUGACACCUGUGGUCCCAAACAGGAGUGUGGAUGUGGAAGGCAGGUCCUGGUGCUGCUCCUGGGUGUGUGGCACUGCUGUGGAGACAGCUGGGUGCUGGAUGGGGCCUGGGGGGAGGUGUGGAUGGGUCCUGAACCUGCUGAGCCUCCUGGCAAAGCUCUGAGGCCACAAGAAACAAAUCUGUCUCCUUCCUCCCCCCUCCCAGGCUGCUGCAUCCACCCCUCCUGCCCCAGGCUGGUGUUUAGUCUGCACGUUGUGGUGUUGGUGGCUGUGGUGUAU